AUGUCAAGCAAGUCGCGGUGGGCAGACACCGAAGAAGACGCCCGUCUCGACGCCAAGCUCAAGGAAGAGAAGCGACGCAAAAAGGCAGAAAAGGCCCGCAAGCUCGAGGCAGAGAAGCAAGCGCAGGCCGCAGCGGCUCGAACAUCGCUCGACGUCGACGAUGACCGGCCCUCGAAGCGACGGAGGAUCACGCCCGAGCCCGGCGCUGGCGCCACCGAGAAACAACCCCCCGCGAAACUGCUGCGAUUCCCUGCCGGUGGCUGGUCCAAGUGCAGGAGCGUCGAGAACUACGAGAAGCUGAAUGAUAUCGAGGAGGGAACCUAUGGGUGGGUUGCGCGGGCGACAGACAAGGCUACCGGCAAGGUUGUCGCGCUGAAGCGGUUGAAGCUGGAUCCCGCAGACCGGAAUGGCCUGCCGGUUACGGGACUGCGUGAGAUCCAAAUCUUGAAGGAUUGCCAGCAUCGCAACAUUGUGUCCAUGGUGGAGGUUGUCGUGGGAGACGAUGUAUCACGGCCAGACAAGUACGCGCCCUCUCCAACCGUCGAGACAUCACAACUAACAAACCCACCUCGCAGCUCCCUCUUCCUCGUCCUCGAGUUCGUCGAGCACGACCUCAAGAGCAUCCUCGAAGACAUGCCCGAGCCCUUCCUCUCCUCCGAGGUCAAGCGCCUCCUCCUCCAGCUCACCUCGGGCAUCGCCUACCUCCACGACAACUGGAUCCUCCACCGCGAUCUCAAGACGUCUAACCUCCUCCUCAACAACCGGGGCCAGCUCAGGAUCGCCGACUUUGGCAUGGCCCGCUACGUCGGCGACCCCCCUCCCAAGCUCACCCAACUCGUCGUCACCCUCUGGUACCGCGCCCCGGAGCUCCUCCUCGGUGCCAAAUCUUACGGCGCCGCCGUCGACAUGUGGAGUGUCGGGUGCAUCUUUGGCGAGCUUCUCACCCGUGAGCCCCUUCUCCAAGGCAAAAACGAAGUCGACCAGGUCUCGCGCAUCUUUGAGCUCUGCGGUGUUCCCACAGACGAAUCCUGGCCGGGCUUCCGUCGCCUGCCAAACGCCCGAACCCUCCGCCUCCCCAAGACCGCUGCCGCAUCCGGCUCUGUCGUCCGCGCCCGCUUCCCUGGCCUCACCUCGGCCGGCGCCGGUCUACUAGCCGACCUCCUAUCACUAGACCCGGGCCGCAGGCCGACGGCGCGUGAGAUGCUCCAGCACGAGUACUUCCGUCAAGACCCGAAGCCCAAGCCCGAGAGCAUGUUCCCCACGUUCCCAAGCAAGGCCGGCCAGGAGCGGCGCCGGCGACAGGAGCCACAUGCGCCUGUGCGCGGCCAGGCUGCGUCUUUGGGCGAUGUCGACUUUACCGGCAUUUUCCAGGGGCGGGAUCGGGAAGAGAGAGGAGCUGGAUUUCAGCUGCGGAUGGUGUAA